AUGGACAGAAUUAAUAUCUUUGAAGAAAUCAAUUCCAAACCAAUUCCUUUACCUCAUGAAAACUUUGAUGAAUAUUUCAACAAUCAAAAUGACAUAGACUUUUUAUUCAAUGAGACAUUAUCAGGUUUACAAGAUCUAGAUGUUCCCUCGGGUUACCUUCUAAAACAAGACAACAAUAAUAACAACAACAACUAUGGUAAACAAAAUAGGCAUAGUAGACAACAAAGUGGUACCGCAAUCUUUGGUUUUAUUGAACAUAAUCGAGGUUUAUCUAUCACUGGUGUAGCAGGUGAUUUAUACAAAGCGUCAGGAGGGAAAUCUAUUGAUUUCGGGAAAUCAAUCUCUCCAGGCGAACUAAUGACUAAGUCAAUGACACCAUCUUUUCAACAUCACCAAGCACAAGGUCCAAGUCAAGAAAUCUUAGAUCUUAAUUUCGAACAAAAACCAAUAUUACUUCUAGAAGAAGAUGAAUUUGAGGAAGAAAACAAGAUUACCAGGAAUCACCUUAUGCCCCAACUGUCUCCCAUUAGGAAAGAAACAAUUUCAACUCCACCGCCAACUUCUCUUUUAAAAAAGGGACCCAAACUGUUACCAAGAACAGCUAAACAGAAUGAAUAUCUUGUGACAAAUGCAAGUCCCAAAGCUUACAAGUUCCCACCGUCUCCAACUUCAGAUAGAGAGAAUAGGGUGCCUGUAAUAAAUAAUUACUCAGCCAAGUAUCUUCAGGAAUUGUACAAUCAACCUCCAAAGAAUUAUGUGGACGAUAUUUCGCCAUUACUAGAACAGGAAAGUACUUUUGAAAACAACAAACCGCAAUCAGCUCCAGGUAUGGGUUAUGUUCCUAUUCCUGUACAGGAACCAGUCCCACCAUCGCAACAAAGAAGACCCUCUGCAAAACAACAGAGUCCAUUCAAGCCACAAGCUGAAAUUGUCAACUAUCCUGUUCAAAGCGCACAACCACAAUUCACACAAUUUUACCAAGACGAUAGUUCUGCCAGAAAACUACAAUUAAAUAAAUCCAACUUCAACGCAACAUAUUUACCCCCUCCAUCGCCUCCAUCUUCUGACUGGCAGGGCUCGCCAGAAGCUCCUUCACCAUCCCCAAGUAGGCCUGUAUUAUUUCAACAACCUCCCAAACCAUCGCCAGUUCAUUUAAGUUUAAGAAAUGAAGCGGUUAACUUCUACACGUCACAGUUCUUCUCCGAUCCCCCGGAUAACAACAAUGGCUAUAACACUCAAUAUCUUAGUCUGUCGCCACAACAGCAGCUAAGAAUUCCUGUCCAAAAUGUGACUUACAACCUCCAAUCAUCACCAAUGUACAAUAACAACCUCACAUCUCAACUAUCUUCCCUUAAUUCAUCCCCAGAUAGAUUCUAUAGCAGUCCUAUCCGCCCACCAGUGCCCAUACCAGCACCAUAUGAACCCGUGGAAGAUCCUAAUGCUACUUUAAGAGCCCAACCUCUCCUCCCAUCCACCCCAGUCAAGAACAAUACAAACAAAAUGAAAAUCGAAUGGAGUCCCGUUAUUUCCCCAGAAUCGAAAAAUACACUCCAGAAACAAAUCAAAGACACAUCACCUAGACGAAGAGUUAAGAAGACCUCAUUAUUACCUCCAGGGGAAUUGGAUAAUUAUUGGAUAGGUCCUGAUGAAAACAAAGUAUAUACAUGUACUUACAAGAAUUGUGGUAAGAAAUUUACAAGAAGAUAUAAUGUGCGUUCCCAUAUUCAGACCCAUUUAAGUGAUCGUCCAUUUGGAUGUAUGUAUUGUCCAAAACGGUUUGUGAGGCAGCAUGAUUUGAAUCGACACGUGAAGGGACAUCUUGAGGCUAGGCAUUGUAAAUGUGAUUGUGGGAAGGAGUUUGCGAGAUUGGAUGCGUUGAAGAAACAUCAAGAGAGAAAUAUAUGUGUUGGUGGAUUCGGGAAGACUAAUAAUUGUGUGACGAAGCCUAAGAAGAGGACGAUGAAGGUGUUGGAUGCGUUGAUGAGCGAUAAAUUGGAAGAACAAUUGACUAGUGAACAACAACAGGCAUUACUGAAGAGAGAACAAACUCCCAGUUCUGCUGCUGAUGAGUUCUUGAUUUACGAUUGA